CUAUAAUGGAGUUUUUGUUACUUGACAGUCAGGGAAAGCGAAUAAACAGACAAGGACACGUCAACUGGAAGAUUCCUGGCGUAUACUAAGAAUGAUAAUUCCAAUAAAUGCACAGCACUAUCGCAAUGUUCGAUACACUUGCCUAGUUUUCGCACAGCCUCAGGAUAUGAUAUCGCUACAUGCGCUGUGGGUUGUGACGUCUGCUUAUCUGCAUUCUCUGGUGACGUCAGGGACUACGCCCACUGUGUUCUACGCUGUUUUUCUCUGUUACCGGCAGUAGUCGUGCCUUAGUCUUGUAGCAACACAGGCCAUUACAAGACCCUCGGAGUGCACGCGCUCUGUUCGGACAUUUACGGAGCCACGUCGCAGCGAAGCGGGGCAUUCCACAUCUCUAAAGAAAAUGGCAAGCACAUCGAGGCAGGCGCCACGUGGCACCAACGUUCUCACUCCCGAAUAUAUGGCUUUGCUGAGAAGCCUGUGCAACCUGUAUGAGCCGUGCAACAACGAAAUUCAACAGAUUUUCAGCGGCGCUUUCCGCCGCGCACUCGGAGGAGGAAGAGCAAGGCCCUCUGCCAGGGCUGAAGCCGCCACGGCGGAAUCUCCUUCCACAUCCCGUGGAACUCGGUCGACAUCCCGUGAUUCUCAGAAACGGCGUCGCAAGUUUGGUCUACUCUGUAAGGAUGGCGGAGACGACGACCCCGAUGACGGUGACGAUGACGGCUAUGAACGCUCGUGCACGUGGCAACCCAAUAACCCCUGCUGGCUUUAUAACGAGCUUGAACUGUGGAAUCUCUUGCUCUCCAAGGGCUGCUUCGAGCUGCGGGAGCACAAGUGUUACGAGUUGAAACUUGUGGGAUUCGCCUGGUCCAUAUUCUACACGCCAGAAAAUGCGGAGGUCUUCCGGACUGCGCUUCUGACGCAUUUGCUGCUGCGGCAGCACAGGUGCGUGACGGGCGUAGCUGUGGACGUUUCCCAAGCAAAGCUUGAGUACAAAAUGUUCUGGCAUGCCAUAGAGAAUAGCGCCGGUGGCGUUGCCUUCCUCAACUUCAAGGCCAAAUUUUCUGACCAGCAUGGCACGACCAUCUCGGAGAACCCCGUUCGGUGGGUUUACUCAGUGUGUGCCGUGAGGACCCUUGUCACAUUGAAGCUCGCUCGUGUAUUCUUCAACGAGGAAGUCGCACUGACGCUGGCCCACUACAUGCAGGAGACUACUGCGCUGGUCAAUCUGUCGCUGACUGAAAUCAUGGCUGAUGACCGCAAUGCUGGCUACUUCCUUGAGUUUUUGGUUCAGAACAAGUCACUGAAGAAAAUUUGCCUGCAUCAUGCCUUCUUAAAGUCUCGACGCGGCGAAGCCCUCGCGAACGUUGUCCGCAACCAUACUGUCCUCGAAGAACUUGAGGUGCACGGGUCGGGACUGACUUCACCGUCAGCCCUGCUGAAAGCGGCAGUGCAGAGUUCAAGUCUGAGGUGCCUGAACGUCUACUCCUGCAAGGCCAUCCCGAAAGACCUCAACGCGAUGGCCGUUGCCCUAACUCGACGCCCGCUUUCUCCGUCAAGUUCCGAGGGCUCGACGUCGGCAACACCUCCACCGGCUAGCCGCCUGGAGAAACUGGGAUUCUUCCAAUUCGCCAAGGGCAACGCUCUCACAGAACGAGCCUACGCUUCCCUCAUCGGAGGUGUGCUGCUCAGUCUCACGCUGUCCUCCUGCCAUCUAAAAGUGACGUUCGCCACGGCAGCGGCACUGCAACUGCGCACUGACAGCCGCCUGCAGAAGCUCGACGUGCGAAACAACCCCAUAAUAAUUGGCGGGGUCUACACAAUUGUCAAGGCACUGGAGGUGAACAAGUGUCUGGAAACACUCGCCAUCACCAUUGUAGAGAGUCCACCCGAGCUUGAAGUCCGCCAGCUCUUCGACCUCAUCAAGGAACGUCAAGUCUCUGCUCGCCUGAAUAUCCAUUGGGAGCAACCUCGCGGUUGUGACUUUGCGGAGGGUGUGCUCUUGUGCAGUGCCUCCUCCUCCAACAUGGAUCUGGGCACCUGCAGCAUUGAGGACGCCAGUGCUCUCUUGAAUGCUCUAGCAUCCAGUCGCAACACCCACGCUGCCAGAAUAGAGUGCAAUAGGGCAUUCAAACCUGUGAUUGCAAAGCUCGUCGAAACAGUCGGCUCAACCACGUACCUCAGAAAGUUGACGCUGGGCAUUUCUCUACGCGAAGACGAUGAGAUCAGCCUGCUUCAGUCACUCGAAGGCAAUCGCACCAUCAGAAUUUUUGAACUUUCAAAGUUCCUCUACAAGAAAAAGAUGGUCAGAGCACUGGGCCAACUGGUCGAGCGCAACCGGGUGAUCAACGUGCUCACCAUACUCGUUCAGCAAGGCUACGACAGCUGGAACAUAGUGAAGGCAGUCUGCAACGAAAUGAAAGAGGCUGUUCCUCGAAACCACGUCCUCAUCGUCGUCAAUGUGCAGUUCUUCAACAUCAACCAAUCCAAAAGCUUCGAAGUCAAGGAGGCUCUCCGGCGUAACAUGAUGCACGUCCACGAUGCCAUCCGCUUCAUCAACGGCUCCAGUCAAAAGAGCGACGCCCUGGCAUUCGAAGAACUGCAACACGCGUACUCCCUAAAGUAUGUGCUGUCCAGUAAAUAUGGUCUCACCGAGGCAACGGCGAUCGAGAAGAUUGACGAGGCCCGCAAUCGGCUUGCUGCCGACUAUCUCGUAUUGACAGGCGUCGUCAGCGGCAGAGUAACCUGCGAAAUGGACCGUGGGAGGCGGCCAACCUUGGGCGAUCUUGCCGUGGACGUACUCGCGCGCGUUUGCAGCUUUCUCCACCUCAAUGACGUGAGGAACAACUAAAGCUCGGCGCUGCGACACUUCUUCCUGGCACUUGAUGGCGUUAGCCCAUUCAUGUGAACACAUUAGAUCCAUUCUGGCGUUACAACACUACACGUUCAAUCAUCGUAUGAACUAUGUUCAUUUUUAUUUGUUAAUUUUUAUGGACCGUUUCCAUUUCAGCGCUGUUACGAAUUUCCCAACGCCAGCACACUAGUGCAUUUUACGUGCUUCACACGUGCUUCCGAAGAGUACACUUCCUUAUUGUAAUUAGUAUAUGAGCACGUGUUUGCAGCUCUCCGCUGUCAUAACGCACAUAUGAUAAUUUUAUUUUAAACUUAGUCGCCUCAGUGUUGUAUCAUAACGCUCAUUUUAUGCAUCCAUUUGCGUCCUUUUCUUCAUAGGUUGUCAUGUCUAUUUUAGUGAUGUUAUCGGACAUGUUAUAAGCCAUGUACCUAACUGGUGGAUAACGUCAUGGUAGCCUAUGCAGUGCGGCUGCUCUUAUUGGCCCAAAUUUAAUAUGGCUAGAUCACCAUUCUUUCACGCUUGUUUUAGAUUCUCUAUAUUAAAACGUGGAAAUGCUUUUACUUCAGACACAACCUGUACUUGCGGCUCUAAUAAAAGAGAAGUAGA